UCUUCCUUCCUCUUUACAAGCAGAUGCCCUGAGAAAGAGCACGUUUUGGGGACCCACUUGCUGUGACGUUCUCUCGGCUGCCUCUUCCUUCUGCCACCUGUGAAUCCCAGUGUCUGUGACGGCAGGGCAACCAGCCGGCCUCUCUCCUCUGGAGGACGCCCCUCGAGGGUCCCUGAGGAACCAUGGAAGUCUUGGGGUUUCUCAAAGUGGAAGUGAACGGCUCCACGCUGACGGUGGCCCUGUCUGUGGUCCUCGUGGCCCUCCUGAAGUGGUACUCCACCUCCGCAUUUUCAAGACUGGAGAAGCUGGGCAUCAGACACCCUAAGCCUUCUCCUUUUAUUGGAAACCUGACAUUCUUCCGCCAGGGUUUCUGGGAGAGCCAGAUGGAGCUCCGAAGGCUGUACGGACGUCUGUGCGGGUACUACCUUGGCCGUCGGAUGUUUAUCGUGAUCUCGGAGCCGGACAUGAUCAAGCAGGUGCUGGUGGAGAACUUCAGCAACUUCACCAACAGAAUGGCAUCGGGUCUGGAGUCCAAACCGGUGUCUGACAGCAUCCUGUUCUUACGCGACAAAAGAUGGGAAGAGGUCAGAAGUGUCCUAACUUCUGCUUUCAGCCCUGAGAAGCUGAAUGAGGUGACGCCCCUCAUCAGCCAAGCCUGCGACCUUCUCCUGGCUCACUUAAAACGCUAUGCAGAAUCUGGGGACGCUUUCGACAUCCAGAGGUGUUACAGCUGCUACAGCACCGACGUGGUGGCCAGCGUCGCCUUCGGCACCCAGGUGGACUCACAGAAGUCUCCGGAGGACCCCUUUGUGGAGCACUGCAGGCGCUUCUUUGCCUCCUCCCUCCCCAGACCUCUCGUGGCUCUGAUCUUAUCAUUUCCAUCCAUAAUGGUCCCACUGGCCCAGAUUUUGCCCAAUAAGAACCGAGAUGAACUGAACGGCUUUUUUAACAAACUCAUUAGGAACGUGAUUGCCUCGCGGGACCGGCAAGCGGCAGAAGAGAGGCGGAGAGACUUCCUCCAACUGGUCCUGGAUGCCCGGCAUUCCGCCACCUCCGUGGGUGUGGAGAGCUUUGACAUAGUCAGAGAAGUCUUCUCCAAUGAAUGCUCAGCAAAUCCUUCCCAGAAACACCAACCCAGGCUCCCGUCCAAGCCUCUGACAGUGGAUGAGGUCGUGGGCCAGUCCUUCCUCUUUCUCAUCGCUGGCUACGAGAUCGUCACCAACACCCUCUCCUUCGCCACCUACCUGCUGGCCACGCACCCUGACUGCCAAGAGAAGCUCCUCAAAGAGGUGGACCAUUUCAACGAGAAAUAUGCGGCCCCCGAGUUCUGCAGCCUCCAGGAAGGCCUGCCCUACCUGGACAUGGUGAUCGCAGAGACCCUGAGGAUGUACCCACCGGCUUUCAGGUUCACACGCGAGGCGGCGCAGGACUGCGAGGUGCUGGGGCAGCGCAUCCCUGCGGGCACCGUGGUAGAGAUGGCUGUGGGUGCCCUGCACCAUGACCCUGAGCACUGGCCGUGCCCUGAGGCCUUUGACCCCGAGAGGUUCACGGCCGAGGCCUGGAGGAGCCGGCAGCCCUUCACCUACCUGCCAUUUGGAGCCGGUCCCCGGAGCUGCCUCGGGGUGCGGCUGGGGCUGCUGGAGGUCAAGCUGACGCUGCUCCACCUCCUGCGCAAGUUCCGGUUUGAAGCUUGCCCUGAGACUCAGGUGAGCCCCCUGCAGGUUCCACUGCAACUAGAAUCCAAAUCUGCCCUAAGUCCAAAAAAUGGCGUCUACAUCAAGAUCGUCUCCCGCUGACACAAUCCAUUACAAGGAUGUCUUCUAAUUCGAAGAAAACCCUCGUGGAAAUUCAGAUUGGGAGGUGGGGGGAACAUCGCCUAAAUGAGAGUGCCUGGGCAUACAAGUAUAAAAAAAAGGUCAUUUACGUAACAUUUCCUAAAUGCUUAAUAAAUGUUUGUCACACUUU